UAACUGUGUGCGUUCACCGUCCGAAAUGGAGAAACAUUGUCAUGUCGGAUACAAAGUUUUGGUAAGAUUAUAUGAAGGGCAGGUUGUGAGCGGGUUUGUGCAUUCAUACAGCACACAGAAUGGAGAGCUGACACUGGAGAAAGUUGAAUCCAUAGAAGAUGGGGUUAGGAGAAAGCUUGUUGGUCUCCAAAACUUCUUUGCAGAUGAAAUUGAAAAAAUUGAUGUGCUUGAGGAUGCCUUGAAAAACAAGGGGAAGCAAGCCCUCGAAGGGGCUGCUCAUAAAAGGGGAAGAUCAGUAGUGGAGCAAAAGAGAACACCCAGUCAUCUUUCCCGCAUGGAGUUCCUGGAACCCUCCACCCUGCUGCUGAAAAAUACCAAGCAAGAUGACUUAGGCUCGUCAGGCAAUGAAGCGGGAACCAGUGACUCAGACCAAGACAAUGUACCUCUGUCGGAUGAGUUCACCAUCAUCAACAAGAUUGGAGAACUCUUCUUUGAGGCGGUCAAGGCCAUCCGCAGACACAUGGUGGUGGGCGUUGCAAUGCAGGGCGUCUGUCUUGGACGCAAAGGAAAACUCAGCUGGGUGCAGAUCUUUGAUGGAGGCCACACAUUUUUAUUUGACAUUCUGCGCCUGGGAGAGCAUGCCUUUAAAGAAGGACUUGAAUCAAUACUGGAGGAUGAAAACAUUCUCAAGGUGUUCCAUGACUGUCGGAUUGCUUCAGACAUUCUGCACCAUCAGUAUAGUGUGGAUCUUGUUAACGUGUUUGACACACAGGUUGCUGACGUAUUCAUUUAUCGCCUGCACCACAACAAUGACUGGCCCCGUCAUACAUCGAACCUCGCCAGCUGCCUCAUGACGUAUCUGGACCUACCAAUGGAGGACAUAAACACCACCGUGGUGCGGCAACACUGCAGAGAGCGUAACCUUCUGAAAUGUUUGGAAGGAAAUGAUUACAAGCUGGUAGGCAUCCACAAGUUCCAAUUUCUCUAA